UUUGUAAGGGGAAUGAAACUGGUAAAACGAAACMGUUUAUGCAUCCACAGGUGAUUAUCUGAAGACAAUCGACUAUGGAGAUAAUUGGAAGAUGAAUGGCCCAACUGAGACCUGUACAGAAAUCCCUGGUCACACUGAGCAGUGUGAAGACCAGACCAAACUUUGUGAGCAGCUUCUCACCAGUCUUGCCUUCAGUAGCUGUAAGGACCUGAUUGCAACAGACUCUUCAUACAAGGCCUGUGGCAGAGACAUGUGUCACUGUGGCAACAGCAGCAGCAGUGCCAGCUGCGCCUGCCCCACCAUGUCAGAGUACUCCCGCCAGUGUGCUCACGCAGGGGCGAAACCCAAGAGUGGAAGAGCCACCUUCUGCU